UCGGCGGUGGGUGGCCUUCGGGUCAUGAUCUCCGCCGUGUCCAGUCCGUGGCUCACGCAGCUCUCGCACUUCUGCGACGUUGCAGCCUUCGCGGCCAGCAGUCUGAGCGGCCUGGGAGCCCCGUCGCCAGGCGCCGACCCGUUCGGCCCUCGCGAGCCGCCGCCACCGCGCUACGAUCCGUGCGCUGCCGUCCCCGGUGCCCCGGGCCCGCCGCCGCCGCGCGCCUACCCUUUCGCGCCCGCCCCCGGGGCGGCUGGCAGCUCGGCGGCGGAGUCCGAGGGUCCCGGGGCUAGCCGCGCGGCCGCGGCCAAGGCUCCGGUGAAGAAGAACCCGAAGGUGGCCAGCGUGAGCGUGCAGCUGGAGAUGAAGGCGCUGUGGGACGAGUUCAAUCAGCUGGGCACCGAGAUGAUCGUCACCAAGGCAGGCAGACGAAUGUUCCCCACGUUCCAAGUGAAGCUUUUUGGAAUGGAUCCCAUGGCCGACUACAUGCUGCUCAUGGACUUUGUGCCUGUAGAUGACAAGCGCUACCGGUAUGCUUUCCAUAGUUCCUCCUGGCUGGUGGCCGGCAAGGCAGAUCCUGCCACACCUGGCCGAGUACACUACCACCCAGACUCCCCGGCUAAGGGCGCACAGUGGAUGAAGCAAAUUGUGUCUUUCGACAAGCUGAAGCUGACCAAUAACCUGCUGGAUGACAAUGGCCAUAUUAUUCUCAACUCCAUGCACAGAUAUCAGCCCCGAUUCCAUGUUGUCUAUGUGGACCCUCGAAAAGACAGUGAGAAGUAUGCAGAGGAGAACUUCAAAACUUUUGUAUUUGAGGAGACACGCUUCACUGCAGUCACUGCCUACCAGAAUCACCGGAUCACGCAGCUUAAGAUUGCCAGCAACCCCUUCGCCAAAGGCUUCCGGGAUUGCGACCCAGAGGACUGGCCCCGGAACCACCGGCCCGGAGCGCUGCCGCUUGUGAGUGCUUUUGCUCGCUCUCGGAAUCCCGUGGCUUCCCCCACGCAGCCCAACGGCGCAGACAAAGACGCGGCAGAAGUCCGGCGCGAGUUCGAUCGUGACUCCGUACCCGCAGCGCUCGGCGACGCUACGCACCCGCCGCAGCUGCUGGCGCGCGUGCUGAGCCCCGCACUGCCUGGGCCUGGCGGCCUCGUCCCGCUACCCGGCGGAUCCGGAGGCCGCCACAGUCCCCCGCACGCUGAUCUGCGCCUGGAGGCGCCGGGCGCGUCCGAGCCGCUGCACCACCAUCCCUACAAGUACCCGGCCGCCGCCUACGACCACUACCUCGGGGCCAAGAGCCGGCCAGCGCCCUACCCGCUGCCAGGCCUGCGCGGCCACGGCUACCACCCACACGCGCACCCGCACGCGCACCCGCACCACCACCACCACCCCGCGGUGAACCCGGCCGCCGCCGCCGCUGCUGCCGCAGCAGCCAACGUGUACUCGUCGGCGGCCGCGCCGCCCGGUGCCUACGACUACUGCCCCAGAUAGUGCGCCCGCACGCGGGCCCCGAGGGCCAUCCAAGGACGCGCUCCCCAUCUGGGUGGGGAGCCAUGCGGGCUUCCCGCCCGCCAGUGCCAAAGCCCCCCGUCCGAGGCGGAAGGAAGUGGUAUUUAUUGUUCUCCGCGAGACUUCGUCGCCUCCGGCCCGGCCGGCAAUUGCAGUGUAGACGACCGAGAGAGCCCCGCCUGCGGGCGGUGUAGAUACGUGUAGAUAUGUGUAGAUACUGUAGAUACUGCACCGGCGCCGAUUUCAUAAACGGUUUCGCCUCUUUUGGAAAUUGCCGGUGUGGCUAUUCUUUUGCAUUUAAUUCGAUUGGGCUGGGCGUCUUUGGGACACAGGGACUUAGUCUUCCCAGCCCUGGUCACUGGUGUGGGCGUGGAGUGAGA